CAGAGGACUCAGUCAUGGGGCUGCUGCUGCCGAUCCUUCUUGGCUUUCUUGCCGCUCUCAUUGGAGGGCUGUACCUACUCGGAGUUUUUCGACAACGCCGACCAGGAGAACCCCCUUUGGAUAAGGGGCUUAUCCCUUGGUUGGGUCAUGUCUUGGAGUUUCGAAGGGACACAUUAAAGUUCCUUGACAGGAUGAGGCAAAAGCACGGCAAUGUGUUCACAAUUCAGCUGGGAGGAUUUUAUAUUACAUUCCUUCAGGACCCUCUGUCGUUUGGGUCAAUUGUUAAGGAGAGCAGAGAAAAACUGAACUUCAACAAGUUUGCAGCACAUCUGGUGCAGAGAGUGUUUGGCUACACACCUAUCGAGGCCGACCACCAAAUUCUCCAUCUGGCCAGCAACAAGCACCUGAAAGGGGAUGGCCUGGAGGUAAUGACACAAGCCAUGAUGACAAAUUUGCAAACCCUGAUGCUGCACAACAUUGGAUCAGCAGAACAAAGGACCUGGAAGGAAGACGGAGUGUUUUCAUACUGCUACAAUAUUGUUUUUAGGGCUGGCUACUUGUCCCUGUAUGGCAAUGAACCAUACAAGUCUAAAGCAAGCGAGGAGAAAGCCAAAGAGAAAGACAGAGCUGAAUCAGAUGCCUUAUAUUCCGAGUUUCGCAAAUAUGACCAGCUCUUCCCCAAACUGGCUUAUGGGGUCCUGCCACCAAAGAAAAAGUGGGAAGCGGACAGGCUAAUGGAAUACUUCUGGAAAGCUCUGUCAGUGCAGAACCUGAGAGACAAGGACAAUGUCAGUCGCUGGGUGUGGGACAUGCAGCAGGCUAAAGAGGGCGAAGGUAUGCAAGAGCCAAUGAUAGACAGGUACAUGUUUGUGCUUCUUUGGGCAUCUCAGGGCAACACAGGGCCGUCUUCAUUCUGGCUGCUCCUCUACCUCAUGAAGCACCCCGAAGCCAUGGCAGCAGUGAAGGAAGAGGUUGACAGAGUUGUGAAGGAAUCUGGGCAGCAAGUCCAGGAUGGUGGCCCUCUAAUCAACCUGACGUUCGAAAUGCUGAAGAAAACACCGAUCCUGGACAGCACUGUAGAGGAGACCCUGCGACUCACUGCUGCGCCCCUGCUGACCAGAGCUGUGCUCAAGGACAUGACCCUGAAGAUGGCUGAUGGACGUGAAUACUUCAUCCGCCAGGGCGACAGAAUGGCAGUCUUUCCUUACAGUGCCGUUCAGAUUGACCCAGAGAUCCACCCUGACCCAAAGUCAUUCAAAUAUAACCGCUUUCUGAAUCCAGACGGGAGCAAGAAAACAGAUUUCUACAAAGCUGGGAACAAGGUGAAGUACUACAACAUGCCCUGGGGGGCCGGGGUCUCCAUGUGUCCUGGCCGUUUUUUUGCCACCAAUGAGCUGAAACAGUUUGUUUUCCUCAUGUUGGUCUAUUUUGAUUUUGAGUUGAAGGAUCCUGAUGAGAAAAUACCUGAAAUCGACUUCAGGCGAUGGGGCUUUGGAACAAUGCAACCCAACAGAGAUGUUCAGUUCCGAUACAGACUCAGAUAUUAAACCAGUCAGUCGCCUUUAAUCAUCUGAUAAAACAUGUCAUUUACAGUUUGAUCAUCAGCUUUCAUUUGAUAAUUACGUUUCUAGGAAACAUGAGAUCCCACAUUGAAACAUGACUAAGAAAGUAGCUGAUAUUGCUUGUCACAUCUCUGGUCACAACACGACCAGUGAGAAAUUUUAAUAGAGAAUGAAAGAAAGCUGCAACAAAUGCUGGAGAAGAUGAGAAGAAAAAUGUUAUGGAUUCAGUACAACUGAUGAUUGUCUUGAAGCAAUUUGUUCUGCAUUUCAUAAUGAUUUACAUUGAUAUAUUUAGUGUUGACAGAUUUAAUAUUUUGCUUAGAAAAGGCUUUUGUUGAAAGUUAUUUUUAAACAGCAAAAAAAAGAAUAUUUGGAAUAUUGAUAUGCAUUUCUGCUAAAUGGUUAUCGUGGUGCUUGUUAGGUAUUCAUUAAUUUGAUUGAAUAACUAGUUCUGUUUGUGUAACCUUUAAAUAAAGGGCAGGUGUCACAUUGAGUUUGUGUGAUGCUGCAUGCCUAAUCCUAAUCAAGAAAUAAACCUCAGUUUUUAGGGCAUGUGCGUGAGCGAAAUGUCAUUGAACUGGUUUCAAGGUUAGGUUUUAUUUGGCUUACCUGUGACCCUAAUAGAAUUAAAACUUCUUAACAUGGUUUUGCAAUAAUUGAACCUGUAAUAAAGAUUUCAUUGUACCAACAAUGACAAAAGAUCAUGCUUUAUGAUGCCAGGGCCUAUUGACUUUAUGAGGCUGGAACAGGUUUAUCCUUGACUGGAUAAACUUGUGAUAGACUGUGGUCUCUGAGCUUUAUUAUUUUACCAUGUAAUUAUUCAAUAACCUAUGACUGUUGUUGCAACUGAAAGUUAACUCACCAGUUUCAAUAAAUAAACAUUUCUCACCAAUUAAACAA